GUUGAGUCUGCGCAGGUAGUUAAGGAAGAGCUGUUGGGAGUAAACAAAACCUUUGUUAACCUCCCGGAAAUGUCUUGGGUUCUUCAGGGACUACCACAGCUAUACUUUAUUGUAUUUUGCCUAUAAAGGAUGAGCCGCGUUAAAGUUUUUCAAAGGAAGUUGCCAAACACAGCUAUUGUGUGUGACAAUCACUGAACGUUUCCUGACUCAUUUUUUUAUCAACGUCGAGGCUGGGACACGUAGGCUACCUUCCGCUCUUUUAAGAUAGGUUUCAUUUUGUUGGUGGUGAACUCUGCUCAUCAUUAUGUGCCACUUUUCAUCAUAGUUAAUGUAGAAUAUAGCUAUCUGGUGCUGGUUGGUUCAAGUAAAGUGUACAUAUAAUAGUUUGAAGAAGCUGAGUGCGUUGUUUGGUAGGCUACUCUGCCCGCUGUACUGCCAAUUAAUGCCCCACCCGCUAUCCGCGCGCAGGUGCACGCGUGACCAUGUUGUUUCAUCUGUUCAUACUCCUUCAACUCUUGUCAUGUGGUGAUCUGGCCUGUAUGAGGAGGUUACUGUCGAAACAUGAAGGAUCACAAGACCAAGAAGUGUUUGUAGACGAGGGAGACGCAAAUUCGUUCCUUGGUCGCCAUCUGCUGUUCAACCGAUUUGACUUUGAGAUUUUCGUUCCUGGAAAUCUGGAAAGGGAGUGUUAUGAAGAAGUCUGCAAUUACGAGGAAGCAAGGGAGGUCUUUGAAAACAUCCCGGCUACAGACGCUUUUUGGAAUAAAUACACUGCAGAUAAGGACAAGCACCGCUCACGGGUCGAUGUGACAUCUCUUUUGGUGGGACUGAUUGCUGGUGGAGUAGCCAUAGUUAUUUUUGGCCUCCUGGUCUGGUAUUUCUGUCAAAGCAAAUGCAAGAACAACUUCAGCCGUGCAAACUCCAUCCGGGUGCGACCGGGGAGGAGUAAUGCUUCUCUAAUAAUGCGACGGUUAGAUGAGGUGUCCUUACAACCUGUGCUCCCACCUGCAUCCCCGCCCCCUAUGGAGGAAAUCGACCCCCCAGGGCUGCCUUCCUAUGAGCAGGCAAUUGCUAAAAGUGGACCGCAUGACGCUCCACCUCCUCCCUAUCCUGGCUCACAACCUGGAAGUAUUCGGCGGUAGUAUCUUCAGGACAACAUAUCAGCACAUCUGUCAACAUUAGGCAGGCAAUGUACAGCUAACAUUUACACUGUGCUGCUCUGAUUAACACUGUGUACCAAUGUUUUCAUCGUCACAAGAUUUAAAACAGUGCCUUAUGCCUUCUGUUUAUUGUUCUGAUUAAUCUUUUUCCACUACAUUUCAAAUCUUUCUGGUCUGUUGGUGUACCUUUUCCUUAGCAGUAUAAUCUUGUCAAUUUUUAGCUCCCGCUUCUUUACCUGCUUGUGCCAAAACGUAGUCUUGCGGUAGUCUCUACAACCUAUUUUCACAGGUGUGAUUUUUGCUUUGUGAUAUAACUCCAACCCUGUGCUGAAUAAGCUUUAUAAUACAUUGUACCCAGUUUGCUGCUUUUUGUCUAAAUGAAAAUGAAGAAUCAAUGAUGUGUUGGACAUGAGAGAUUUAAGUUGCUGGAAUAUUUAAGCCCUUAAGGAGCAGCUGCUUUUAGACACAGCAUGUAUAGAAGGGCUGAUAGUAAGAUUAGGAUUAUGUUUCAUUACACGAUAAGUAUUAAUUGCAAUUGAAGUGGGACAGACUGAUUUGUGUAGGCACACGACUUCCUGUCUCCUUCAGAAGGAAAACUGGUGACAGUAAAACUGCUUUUAAUGGCAUGAUGGUUAAUAUUGCCAUAAAUAAAAUGCUUUUAAGUGUUUUUGAUGCUCUGGUCUACCAGCCUGCUUUGUUAAGAUUCACUUUUUUACUUUCAGCUGUAUAUUAUCAUCUUUUACCUUUUUUACUUACUAAAAAAUGUGCAGAUUUUCUUGCUGCUUUUAUAUAGCUCUAGUGUGUCAGGAAAUGUAUAUUUGAGUCACCAACUAAUGAGAAUGCUCUUCUGAUAUGUGAAGUCAUUUUUACUUUCAGUAUCUAUAUUGUGGUUAAUUAAGUUAAAUGUACUAUAUAUGGUGGCGGAAGCUCUUCAAAGGCAGUUUUACAACAUUUUACAUUCACACAUAAGAACAUAUUACAGUUAUACAAGAGAAUUAUAGCUGUGAUGAAUAUGACCGCUAAAACAUAUUUCAGCAGUUGUAAAGGAUGCAGCACAACAGUUUGUCCAACAUGUCACUCACUUAACUGUAAUUUGCAUGAGCAUUAUACAAGCCUGUUGGAUGCUGGCGUCUCAUUCUCAUUAGAUGAUGCAGAAGAGUGCACAACAGAAGUUAUGUCCCUGUAAAUUACAAUUACCAAAGUUUCAUCAUGACAUUAUGAGAAUGUAUUGAGGGCUAGCUUUGUUGAAGCUCAUGAAGCAUAACUACUUGAAAUAAAAAUCUUUUUAUAGAUGUUUUAAAUAAAAAGGAUAUUUUAAUUA